GGAGCGGUCCGGAUGACCCCUCCACUGCCGCUCUUUUACGCUUUACCCUCCGAGGGUUAGGGUUAGAGUUUCUUGUUCGGUGAGAUCCGAUCCUUGCGUCCCCGGUUCUGUUAUCGAUUUCCCUUCUUCCCCAGUUGCGAUCAAGUGGAUGGAGUGCCUCACCGAGUUCCCCCACACCCACAUGGAUCGCCGCCCCAGCAAGCGUCCAAGGCUGGGUUGGGAUGUUGCUCAGCCCCCAAAGGCUCAGAUAGGAAUGUUAUGUGGGCAAGAAGUUGGAGAUGUGACCAGUUUGGUAUCUUCGGGGGCACCAUCAGACCAUGCUUGUUCUCUGUAUUCGAAGGGAUUGGCUCGAAAUGCUUCUCCUCCUUGGAGAGAGGAUGAUAAAGAUGGGCAUUACAUGUUUGCGCUUGGAGAGAAUUUGACCUCUCGCUAUAAAAUCUACAGCAAAAUGGGUGAAGGUACCUUUGGUCAGGUUUUGGAAUGUUGGGAUAGGGAAAGGAAAGAAAUGGUAGCGAUAAAAAUUGUUCGUGCUAUCAGGAAAUAUCGGGAGGCCGCUAUGAUAGAGAUUGAUGUUCUCCAGCAGCUUGGCAAACAUGAUAGGAGUGGUAACCGUUGUGUGCAAAUACGGAACUGGUUUGACUAUCGUAACCAUAUUUGUAUUGUGUUUGAGAAGCUUGGACCAAGCUUAUAUGAUUUUCUACGGAAAAAUGGUUAUCACCCAUUUCCCAUUGACCUAGUUCGGGAGCUUGGCAGACAAUUGUUGGAAUCUGUUGCAUUUAUGCAUGAUUUACACCUCAUUCAUACUGAUUUAAAACCAGAGAACAUACUUUUUGUUUCGUCAGAGUACAUUAAAGUGUGUGAUGGUCCGUACUCCAAGAGAUUGCCCAAGUCCAGUGCUAUCAAGUUAAUUGAUUUUGGAAGCACUACUUAUGAUCACCACGUGCAUAGUUACAUAGUAUCAACGAGGCAUUAUAGGGCUCCCGAGGUCAUUCUUGGACUUGGAUGGAAUCAUCCAUGCGAUAUAUGGAGUGUAGGCUGUAUUCUAGUGGAACUUUGUGCGGGCGAGGUACUUUUUCAGACCCAUGAGAACUUGGAACACCUGGCCAUGAUGGAGAGAGUAUUAGGUCCUUUGCCCCAGCAUAUGCUGAAGAGAGCUGACCGGCAUGCUGAGAAAUAUGUUAGAAGAGGUCGGUUGAACUGGCCAGAGGGCGCUACUUCAAGGGAGAGUGUUAGAGCUGUUCAAAAGCUGCCGCGCCUUCAGAACUUGGUGAUGCAGCAUGUGGAUCACUCGGCAGGUGAUCUAAUUGACCUCUUGCAGGGUCUCCUUAGGUACGAGCCUUCUGAUAGGUUGGCCGCUUAUGAAGCCCUCAGGCAUCCAUUUUUUACAAGAAGUUUUCGUCGGAAGGUCAUAUAGACAAGUUUGUUGGCAUGCUAACCUGUUUUUCGAGGAUCCACACACCUGUUGUUAAAAUCUGCGUUUACCAGUAGUGCCUGAGAGAUUUGAAACUCCUGCGGUUCUGCGACAGAAAAGUUUUUCGAAGGCGAUGGUUUGCGUGUUCCAGAGGUGCCUGCUCAGGAUUGGUGACCAGGUGCGGGGAUUCUAGCGAUGUCAACCUGACUGAAGUAAACCCGAUUCAGAUGUUGCGUGAUAGGUUCGAGAGUGAAUAUUUAAUGUGUUCAGAACUUGUUCGGUAGGACUCUUUAAUUUUUUGGAAUCUAACUUGACCUGUGGGCUUGUAAAAUGUUCAAGCUUUGGAGUUGCGUUCCAAAAGUAAUUGACUAUAUACAAAAUGAGGUCCAACUUAAUCAGGAAUGAAGUUGUAGGAUCUGUGAUCCUUUGCUUC